AGCGAUAGCUAGACGAAGAAUAGCGUUUAAGCAGUCACUGCGAUGGCCUCCGAUAGCAUGGACAGAGAAAUGAUUCUUGCUGACUUUCAGGCCUGCACUGGCAUUGACAACAUUGCAGAGGCAAUCACGCUCUUAGAACUCAAUAAUUGGGAUUUAGUGGCAGCCAUCAAUGGUGUGAUGCCACAAGAGAAUGGGAUCUUGCAAAGCGAGUCAUCCCAGGCCAACAUCUAUGGGCCUCACAGCCAAGCAGCAACAGCAGAGGCAGCAGUGGCCCCACCAGCCACCUCAUCGUCUUCCUCUCCGCCAUCCUCCUCCUCAGCCUUCUGCCCUGUCCUCCCCUCUCGACACAUUGUGGAGCGGCAGCCGCGCUUGCUCAACUUCCGGGUGGAGUACCGCCAGCGCACUGUGGAAGUGGUCGUAGAGGAGGGCAGCGCAGUUGGGGAAAUCAAACAUAUUCUUGAGACAGAGCUUCAGGUCCCCAUAUCAAAAAUGCAGUUAAAGGGUUGGAAAAGUGGAGACGUAUCUGACAUUACGGUUCUGCGAAGUUUACACUUGCCCAAGAACAACAGCCUGUAUGUGCUGACCCCAGAUAUCGCACCCACUGCCAGCACCAGCCAAAACAGCGUUCUUCAGGAGUCAUUAAAUCAGAACUUCCUGCUCGUCAUCAGCCACCGUGAAGCCCAGAGAGACUACAACCUCAACUUCCCUGGCAGCAGAACCAUACAGGAGGUGAAAAGGAAUGUUUCAGACCUGACAAACAUCCCAGUGCGACAUCAACAAUGGGAGGGCUGGCCUGCUGCGGCAUCUGACGAUUCGAUGACACUAGCUGCCUCUGGAAUCAGCUACCCCUGCCAUCACCUCAGUGUGUGUCGAAGGUCCUCACCAGCCAACAACCAGGAGCCCACAGAAGAGUGCGCAGAUGUCCACAUGGUAAGCGACAGCGAGGGGGAUGACUUUGAGGAUGCGUCUGAAUUUGGAGUGGACGAAUCAGAGAUGUUCGGUAUGGGGUCUUCUACAGGCUGUCGGAAAGCCGCCUUGAUGCCAGAAAAUAGUGAGAAUGAAAGUGAUGCCUUACUGCACUUUACUGCUGAAUUUUCAACAAGGUAUGGAGAAUGUCAUCCAGUGUUCUUCAUUGGUACUUUGGAGGCAGCAUCUCAAGAGGCCUUCUAUGGCAAAGCCAGAGAUAGAAAAUUGCUGGCCAUUUACCUCCACAAUGACGAGAGUGUGCUCAGCAACGUCUUCUGCUCCCAGAUGAUGUGUGCAGACUCCAUAGUGGCCUAUCUGAGCCAGAACUUCAUCACAUGGGCAUGGGAUGUCACUAAAGAAGCUAACAAAGCCAGACUACUCACCAUUUGCACGAGGCAUUUUGGCAGUGUGGUGGCACAGACGAUUCGGACGUACAAGACCGAUCAGUUCCCCCUGCUCCUUAUUGUCAUGGGAAAGAGGACAUCAAAUGAAGUUUUAAAUGUUAUUCAAGGCAAUACAACAGUGGAUGAGUUGAUGAUGAGGCUAAUGGGUGCGAUGGAAAUCUUCUCAGCUCAGCAGCAAGAGGACAUCAAGGAUGAGGAUGAACGUGAAGCCAGGGAAAUGGUGAAGAGGGAGCAGGAUGAGGCCUACCAACUGUCAUUAGAGGCUGACCGUAAAAAGAGAGAAGCACAGGAGAGAGAGCAGGCAGAACAGCUUCGCCUGCAACAGAUCCAGAAAGAAGCCGAUGAUGAGAAAGAGGCCAUCCGUCUCUCAUUGGAACAUGCCCUGCCGCCAGAGCCUGCAGAGGAAGGAGGAGAGCCAAUUAGCAAGCUGCGUAUACGAACUCCCAGUGGUGAGUUUCUGGUGCGGCGCUUCCUGGGCAGCACCAAGCUGCAGGUCCUCUUUGACUUUGUAGCCUCCAAGGGCUACCCCUGGGAUGACUUCAAACUGCUCACCACCUUCCCCCGCAGAAACAUCACCCAGCUAGACCCAGCCUCGUCUUUACUGGAGGCCAAGCUUUUCCCGCAGGAGACCCUGUUCCUGGAAGCUAAAGAGUAGGACAGCCUGGCCAUGUGGUGGUGGGACUGGCUGGAAGAGUAGUGAAGAGUUCUAGCAUGGUUUUAGUGGGUCUACAGAGACAGACCACCCUCUCACAUGGAGGUGAACUCUCAAACACACACAAUACACAACAUAUACAGUACACUAUUCACACUCACACAAAAAAAACACACGCGCGUGUAAGCGUCCCUGCUCUCGGCCUGUGCAUCGUACAUGAAUGCCUAGUGUACACGUAUGCACAGAGAAGCUACCACAAGCAUACAGCCAAACACUCUCGCCCCUCACUUAAUUGCAGUGUCAUGGUUUUCUCUGUCCACACUUACAGUAUGAUAAAGGAUAUUAAUAAGAAACUUGAGUAGAAGAACAGCCUCACGGACAAAGACUUCCCACUACAGUACGGCUGCUUUUUUUUAGUCAUGUUUUGUUUGAAUAAGAUAAGCAAGGAGACAUUUCCUGGAGAACGCUGGACUAUCUAAUCUCCACCUGCAAUUGGGCGUACCCCCAUUGCUCCCUCCAUGCACCCAACCAGGGAUGGACCUCCUCCUGCCCCCUUCCCACCCGCAGCCAGAGAGGCUCAAUGUUCCUGAUCUGCACCCCUCUUCUGCUCCAACCAAUCUGGUUUUAAUUUCAAAAUGCUCCACAACCAACUGUUACUACUUUAUUUUUCUUGGUCCUUUUUAAGUUUGAUGCUGUAUUAGUUUUAGUUUGAUAUACAUUAUAUAAAAUAUAUAUGAACAUGCAUCCGUCUGAGCCAGCACUCUCUUGAAACGCACACACACACACACACAUACACGUCAUAUGAAUUUUGUAUUAUUGUGGCCUUUUGUGAUUUUUUUUUUAUUAUUAUUUUUUUCUAAUUUAAGUGGUAAUGUUAAUACAGGUUUGACCGUGAGUGUUUUGAGCUGUAGUGGAGAGAUUGGUAGGCUAUUCAUUUUGUAAAUCUGACUUGGAACAUUUAGUAUUUUAAGUGGCUAUUAGGUUUUAUUUAAAUUUGGUUUAUUCCUUGUCACCUUCUGAGUCAUUAUUUCAGGGUUUCUGUCAUUGAGACCUCAGCAAACUUUCUACAAAACAUUAAAGCUAUAUUAUUUAAA